UGGCGGUCUUCAGGAUAAGAUGGAAUCGGUUGUUCCUGCAAAUUUACCAAGUUUCAUUUGUUUAAUCUUUCUAGGGCUAGUAUUUACAGUUGGAAACGGUGGCGCUCGCUCUCUCCACUAUACCACAGCAUCCAAAACCGUGAAUUUACGCAGACCAAACAGUAUACGACAGUUGACCCAACAAAUCCAUCCAUUUCACCUGAAUGAUGACACGGUUUCACGUAUCUCCGACCGAGCCAACGUUGGCCUGCAUAGCAGACAACUUGAUGGUGAUCAUGAUGAAGAGAAGAAAAUGGUUAAAAAAAGAGCGGUGCCGAGAACAAGUUCAAGUCUUGCAAUCACAACAGCCAUUCCAUCAGAGUAUAUCACAGUUGUGACUCUAGGAAUUUCCAUGAAGGCUCCAAACCGCUCGAUAGAUGAUGUAGUGAGUGAGUUAAGAAAUGCCUUUGCAUAUGUCCUGAAGUGGCCAGUGAGGAACAUCAGAGUUGACAAAAUAAGUCUUGCUGGUAAUGUGAUUGGCUUGUACUUCCUGAAGAGUGGAAUGACUGGUAGCAUCAUCCACGCUUCGGACCUGAUCCCAGCUCGGGAUGUACUGCAACCGCAACUCCUCAAGUCAGUGCAGCUGCAGGCACCAGAGCUUAACGUCACAAACAUCAUGGUAGAUCAUGGAAUCUACAUAAAAACCUACACUAUUCCAUUGUGGACACAGCCGUUUUUCCCCUAUGUGACUGCAGCAAUCUGUCUAGUUGUUCUAUUAUUGUUGAUAUUGAUUUUAUAUCUGUGCUGUUGUCGCAUGGAAGAGAAAAUGGCUAAGGAAGAAGAUGAGAUCACAAAUCAGCAGAUAUUUUAUCCCACGCUAAAACCUGAGAUGAUGGACCCGCUGACUGUACAACCAGACAGCAGUCCGGUGUUCAUCGCUCAGAGCUCCAUGCCGGUCGUCCAGACUCAGCCGACGAGGGUCAAGGCUAAAGGUCUUCUUGAGAGCAGACGCGGGUCCAAUGCUUCACUGACCAUUGACCUAAAUCCUUCUCCAGACACACUCUGCUGGACUGGAACUCCACCGAAAGAAACUUCUGGGUUGGAGUUUCUUCUAUCUGCGGGCAAUCGACUGAGCCGAAGGGAUCUUCGUAAUGCAGUAAAGAUGCCGAUUACAUUAUACGAAGAAUUCUGGGAGAUCCCAAUGAACCAUCCAGAAAAGGUGUCCGUCGCAGGGUCAGGAAUGAAAAACAGAUACAAGACCAUUAUUCCAAAUGAACAUUCCCGAGUCAUCUUGCCUGAUGAAGAAAGUGAUCCACUGUCAUCAUAUAUUAAUGCAAAUUAUAUUCGAGGCUAUGAAGGGGAACCGAAUGCGUAUAUUGCCACACAGGGCCCAAUGUCACACACUAUUGUUGACUUCUGGCGUCUCGUGUGGUACGAAAAGUCACCCAUUAUUGUGAUGAUUACCAAAUUAAAGGAGAAAAAUAAGCCCAAAUGUGAAAACUACCUUCCAGAGCGUUACGGUAUAUUUGGUGAUAUUGAAGUGUUUGUUGAAAAAAUUAUUGAGAAAAAUGGAUACAUUCUACGUCAUCUGACACUCCGAUGCCAUGGUGAAUGUCUCGGCAUUCUUCACUUCUGGUACACAUCAUGGCCGGACCACAAACCUCCGGACAAUCCUCGAGUUCUGGUAGAACUUAUCAAAGAGGUUGAUCUGCGCAGAUACAAAAAUAAUGGUGUCACACCAAAGGGUCCAGUCAUAGUCCACUGCAGUGCUGGUAUUGGGCGAACAGGCUGCUUCGUCGGGGCCUCCAUUGGUGUGAGACAGCUGAGAGAAGAACAUUCAGUGGAUGUUCUAGGCAUUGUGUGUAGCAUGAGGUUAGACAGGGGUGGUAUGAUACAGACACAUGAACAGUACGAGUUCAUUCACCAGAUACUGUGCGAGUAUGAACGAGAGCUUGAGGAAGUUUACCCCACAGAAAGUCAGCUCGAUGAUGCAUACCUAACAGACUAGGCUCAUCGGACGUUCUGACAAAGUGGAGAUCUCCAGGAGCUGGACAGGACCUGUGGUGGAACUGAUUAAACAUCAGAAUGGCAAAAGAAGAGUGGAAUGGAAUAUUUACAACAUGGCUCGAAAUGUAAUAGCCUACACCUACUGGUGUGUGGGAACGAGGCAGCUAUAAUAAUGUUAAUUUUAAAAUAUUAUUUUUAUGGAAGCUGAGCUACAACAGUGUGCAGGUUCUGACUUUGUUGAGCAAUUUCCUGAACUUGAGUAGUGGUAUUAGCUUAAUUGAGUGUUAGGGGAAUUUCAUUUUUAAAAAAGAGAACUUAUUGGACCAAAGACAUCACAUGUUUCAUUGUGUAUGUGUUGAACUGUUCUACCGAAUGUCACUUAAUACGCAUUUGAGGUCACACCUGCCUUCUAUGGAGACAAUCGUUAGCUGGACUUAUUUUCACAGUUUGGUGCAUUGGGUAGGUAAAUUGUAUUAUGUAAUGGUAAUUUAAUAAAAGAAUAAAACGUUCUUGAAAUACUUUUCAGAAUCGAGAAAAAUUAAUUUAUUGAGAAUUGUUUAACCAGCAUUUAAGAUAAUAUAUUUUGUUUUUAUCUAGUACAGAGAUAUUAUUGGAUACACUAAUGGUAAGAAUGCUUAAAUACUGGAUAAAAUAAAAAGAACAGUUGAAAUUGUUAUGAAUUCUCACACAAAAUUAAGAUAUAUUCUCUUGAACAAUAAUGACAUUAAAGAAGCUUAUACAGCAUGCAUUUUAUUUCACUGAGGUAAAGGUGAAAUUGGUGUGUCUGUAAUUAAUACAUGACAAAUGACAACUUGCUGAAUAAAAGAUAUGAUUGUGCUGGCGAGUUGUGAAGCAAACAUUCCUUGUUAUAAAUUGUGAACAUUUUCAUCAUAGUAUCACUUGAUCUCAGGAUACUAGUGUUAAAUAAUUGUUUAAUUAGCUUAACCUGCCAGUCUUGUCAUCUUUUCUAAAUAUGACUUGAUGUGUAGCUUAGUGGGUAAACCAUCUGCCUGAGGUACACUAGGUAAUACAAUCAAUUUAUCAGUUGACAGAAUGCACUUUUUUAAAUUCCAGCAGUUCACCACUGUUCGAAUGUUGAAGGCUGUUCUUUGUAACCAGUCUGACUCUUGGCAAAAUGUAUAUAUUAAAAAACCCUGACAGUUAAUCAAAGAGCGUAUGGUAUGUGGUGACAGCAGGUUUCAUCUUGUAUACCAUGUGUUUUAAUGUUUAAUGAGAAUCUGGAAUCAUGAAGAUUAGGUAUCUUUAAAAAAAAAUCCAAUCUUUGUAGCUUAUUGAUUGACUUAUUGAAAUAUCACAGACUAGAAUACGAUCUAACAGUAAUUGGGGGGGGGGGGAUCAUGAUAAAUUAUACUUAUAUGUGUAAUAUGAUUAAUAUUAAACAUCUAUUUAGAGGUAUUGUAUUAUCAGUACACUAAGAGAGAGUAGAAAACAUUCUUGUUGAAGACAGUGUAUUCUUGGGUGGUAAACUAUAAUCUUGGCAAGAUGAUGUGAAAUGUAUAUUUUUUGUAUGACACUGUUUUCUACAAUACUUGUAUGGUCACACAUUUUAAUUUUAAUGUUUACAUGUGCAAUAUGAUUAUUAUCGUUAUUUAUUAUACAAUUUUUGUGUAAUUUGUUGAGCAAAGCAAAAGUCAUUGUAAUGUAAGAAAUGUAACCAUGCAGCAGCAAAAUUGUUUACAUUAUUUUUUAACAUUGGUUUUAAACUGAGCAACAGUAAACAAUUAGGGAUAACUUCUUGCUGCAGUAUUAUAAUCAAGAUUUUUGUUUUCAAUUGGUAAUAUUUGCAUGUUUGUACUCAAAAAACCAAAAUGGACUUAAAACAAAAGGAAUGCUAAACUAUCUACAUUAUAACAAUGUCAUUGAAGUUUUUAAAAAAUAUAUGUAUUAAAGAAAUCUGUUGGACUGGCUAGUCUAGUCCCAACACAUUGAACUGAAAUGACAUCUUGUGUAAAUAAUGUAUGUGUUUUAUUACUUGCUAUCUUACUACGUCACAGUUCUUAAUCUCUACAUGUAUAUCUUACAAUAGUAUACUGAAUUCAAGUUCAUUUCCAUGUACUUUUUCAAGAUAAAUCUAAAUCAUAAUAUGUGUUUAUAUUUUUCUGCCAAAACUGCUAGGUAAUUUUUGUGUUGACAUUAAUAUGUAGGAUAAUAUAAUAAAAAUUAUGAUCACGUUGGAUAAUCAAUUAGCAGGAUAAGUGGUGUGUGCUGUCAUAAUAUCACUGUUAAGUUUAGCUCAUGUGCACAGUGUUAAAGAUAAUUUACUAGCAGUGGAAGUGGUACUUCUGUCAUGUACUGUCCUAUCACAUUAGCUUGAUGCGCAGUCGGUAUGGGAUAGGUGGGCCUAUUGUGCUAUUUCUCGUUCCAACCAGUGCUCCACAACAUGGGUAACAAAGGCUGUGGUAUAUGCUAUCCUGUCUGGGAUG